AUGAAAAACGACCUAUACGUGGACAAUAUAAUCUCAAGCUUUUCAGACGAAAAAGCAGUGCUUUCGUAUUUCCGAGAUGCUCGAGAUCUCAUGUCGACAGCCGGUUUUAACCUACGAGCGUGGGCAUCAAAUAGUGCCAAGUUGCAGAAAUUAGCCGAAUCAGAAAACGUCUCGGACUCAAAACCGACUACAAAAGUGUUGGGUAUGAAUUGGAACACGUUGGCAGACGACUUGGGAUUUCCUGCCACCCCCAUCGGAGCGACACCACAAAAGGCUACCAAACGAGAGAUUUUACGACAGACGUCACGAAUAUAUGAACCGUUAGGCGUUGAUUACACCGGCGCUGUGUAUGUAAAAGACUCUAGCGGGACUGAAUGCAAAGUGUACAUAUGCCUGUUCACGUGUGCAAGUACACGUGCAGUUCAUCUAGAAGUAGUUCCUGACUUAACAGCUGAUUCGUUCAUGCAAGCAUUCAGACGCUUUGUGAGCCGGAAGUCUUUGCCCUAUCUUAUGGUAUCUGACAAUGGAACUACGUUUGUAGCAGCAGCCAAUCUUUUACAGCAGUUGUCUCAGACAGUCCAUGAUGAUCUUCUCAAUAAAGGUACGAGGUGGGCAUUCAUACCGAAGAGAGCGCCGUGGUUCGGAGGAUUCUGGGAACGUUUGAUAGGCCUCACUAAAACUACGUUAAAGAAGAUACUGGGACGUUCCUACAUCACAGUUGGUAUGCUUCAGACAAUCAUCGUAGAAAUCGAAGCGACCCUCAACGACAGACCUCUCACAUACGUUAGUUCCGAGUUCGAGUUAGAAGGCGUCGUGACACCAGCGCAUUUACUCUACGGAAGACGAGUGACCACGUUACCAUAUCGUGACAUCACCAGUGGCAACCUGGAAAUUACAAGUGCUACCGGGAGUGAUAUUCGCAAACGCGCGAAAUUACAGCAGACAUUGAUAGAGCACUUCCGUGAUCGAUGGAAAAAAGAAUAUCUCACAGCGCUACGUGAACAUCAUACAGUCAGUGGAAAAAACGAACAGUGUAUUUCGGUUGGUAGUGUUGUGCAAGUCCACGACGAAACACCACGUAGUACCUGGAAGCUAGCUGUCGUCGAGGAGGUGGUCAAAGGAAACGAUGGACUGGUGAGAUCAGCAAAAAUACGAGUUGGAAAUAAAUUGACAAGCAGACCAAUUACGAAACUUCAUCCCCUGGAAGUGAAGUGA